GGGUGAUCAGAUCAGAACAGAUCUGUUGCUCGUGUUAUCACAGUUUGCACAUAGAAAUAACCAAGUCUUGUUUCAAGUGAGAGACGUUAACCUAGUGAUCAUAUCUGAGGUUGAUUUAUUUUGGUUCAGAAACACCGUCAGUAAACAACACUUCUCGCCUACAUAGGAUGGUAGAAGGUGACACCGAUCAGAACCACUCAAAAUAUACCGAUGUAAAGGACGACAGAGUAGCGAACGGUGACAGCAAGGAUCAUCCGUUGGCGGGAGUCGAUCCAGUCUCCCUGACCACCCAGCAGCAGCAGCAACAACUAAGCUUGCACGGACCGUUGAACGGUGCCAGUGGAGAUCGUGCCCUCGUCAGCAAGCAGAGUGAGGCAAAGGGUGGCGUGGCUGCGGACCCCGAGAGGGGCGCCUACUCGAUCAAGGCUGACUUCGAGCAGGCGAUAGAGCUUACUGGUUAUGGCAGAUUCCACUACAUCCUGCUAGCAAUAUGUGGUCUCGUGAGCACCAGCGAGGAGAUGGACGUCAUCUCGAUGUCGUUCAUUCUGCCCUCGGCUCAGUGCGACCUCGACCUGAACACCCAAAGCAAGGGCUGGCUGAACUCGAUCAUCUUCAUCGGCAUGAUGUUUGGCGCGUAUAUCUGGGGAAGCGUUGCCGACUCGCUGGGUAGAAAGAAAGUACUAAUCGUGAUAUCCAUCAUGAACGCGCUCUGCAUCGUGGCGUCUUCCUUCUCGCAGAACUAUGAGGUGUUUAUGGUGUUCCGUUUUCUCAAUGGAGUCGCGUUAGGCGGCAGUGGUCCCGUAAUUUGGCCGUACUUUGCCGAAUUCCAGCCCAAGUCAAAGCGUGGCUCUAUGCUCAGUUUUAUGGCCGCUUUUUGGACGAUAGGAAACCUCCUCGUGGCCGGGCUCGCCUGGUUAAUCAUCCCUACUGGAAUUGGCAUUACUACUCCCGCUUUUACGUAUAAUUCAUGGCGUAUAUUCCUGCUCGUUUGCUCGAUUCCCUCGUUCAUCGUGGCCGCGUUGCUACUGUACCUACCGGAGUCGCCCAAGUUCUUGCUAUCCCAGGGUAAGAUCGACGAAGCGAUGGCCAUCUUCCGCGGCAUCUACGUUACGAACACGGGCAAAACGAAGGACCAGUACCCGGUCAAGGAGCUGCUGAUCGAUGAGAAGCUGCGCGAAGAGCUCGAGGCCGUCACGAAACCGAUCAAAAACAAGUACAAGCGCAUGCUGUAUGACAUCCUGGACAACAGCAAGCAGGUGUUUAUGUCGCCAAUUCUAAAGUUCACCAUCAUCUCGAUCACGAUCAACUUCACGUUCCACAUCGGCUACUACGGGCUGAUGAUGUGGUUCCCGGAACUGUUCAAUCGCUUCGACGAGUUCACACGGGCACAUCCGGGCGUGGAAGAUGCAUCCGUGUGCCAGGUGACGGAUUACGUGGUCGGGAUGGGCUCGCACUCGCAGUCCGGCGUCUGUUCGGCCACCAUUCCGAGCACGGUGUUUAUGGAGUCGCUUAUUACCGUAGCCGCCGCCUUGCCGGCCAAUAUCGUGGCCGUACUGGGGAUGGAUCGGUUAGGCAGGAAGUUUUUCCUCGUCUUCAGCACAAUGGCCGCCGGCGCUUGCUCCGCGUCGAUGUACUUUGUUACCAACCAGCACCAAAAUCUCGCCGUAUCGGCCGUGUUCAGUGGAGUCAUCUCGAUGGGUAACGCCUCGCUGGAUUGCCUGAUUACGGAAGUGUUUCCAACGAAUUUACGUGCUACCGGAGUGGCGAUAUCGAUGGUGGCCGCCCGAUUGGGAGGUAUUAUCGGCAAUGUGGUGAUAGCCACUCUGCUCGAUCUCUACUGUCCCGCACCAACGUUCAUCGUGGCCGUCCUACUAGCCGGUGGGGGUCUGAUGUGCCUGUUCUUACCGAACACAACUCGGACCGCACUUUCCUAAUAGAGGACGUGUUUGGGAGCGGCAAAUCGCCCGCAUCAACGCUCGGACACUUUGGCGGGUGUUGGUGCAUACAACGAUGAGUCGCUCGAGUAUCUGGAAGCUGAGUCACUCGAAUUUUUUUGUUGAUUGUUUUAACAUGAUUAUUAGAUAAAAUUUUCCCGAUUUUGUUAUGUGUGCUGUAAAUUGAAGUGCAGGAGUGUGAAGAGAUUUAAAAUAAGAUAUCCCGCAACGUAGGAAAAUCUGUUCCUAUUUCUGAAAAGCAUAAAAAAUCCAUUGCAGGCCCUACUGGUCGAAUCAGGUGUACCUUUUCACCACACAUUCCUUACCUGAUCAAAUCAAGUGUUUAUCAACUGUCAGUUCAUCGCCGUGUAGUAGGUACAACUUGUGAAUCUUAUGUAGCAAUCGCUUGAAGAAUUUACUAUAAAGGCAAGUGGGAAUGCUAAACUUAAUUUUAAAUAACUGGUAAGCCUAACGCAUGUUUGCAUACUGGUCAAUUUAUGUAAAUCAGAGUAGAAAAUAAAAGCAUAGCAAGCAGUAUGGAAUCGCGGUUGUACAUCAUUCAAUAGAUGAGUAAAAUCGAUAAUCUUAAAAAGCGGCCCUAUCUUAUCCCAUCUUGUUCUUAUCUGUCCCCUCGAACAGCUUCUGAACAUUAGAGACUAACACAAGGAAC